AUGUCUUCUCACAAGACUUUCAGGAUCAAGGAAUUCCUGGCCAAGAAGCAAAAGCAGAAUUGUCCCAUCCCCCAAUGGAUUCGAAUGAAAACUGGUAAUAAAAUCAGGUACAACUCAAAUAGAAGAAGACUCUGGAGGAGAACCAAGCUGGGUCUAUAA